UGCGCCUCCUGCUGCAUUCAGCAGCUUUUUCUUUGUUUCCUGCACUCCUAAACCCUGGCGAUACAUUAAAUGGGAUUCACAGCUUCACUUUCCAACAUAAUCAAAAGGGAUGAUGUCGGUCUUGAUACCAGUACCACGGCCCUCCUACUCCCAGGCCAGGGAGAACCUCGUGAAGGCGAUCCCGCCCAAGCUGCUGUGCCUGCUGACCUGCGGAGGAAUAGACUGCCGCUAUGAAGGACCAGGGUGUUGGAAACUAAAUCAACAGGCCAUCCGAGGCAUUUUCUCCUCCUGGGUGACAGAUGACAUUAUUGCCAUGGCACGGCCUUCCAAUUAUCUGAUUGAGAAGUACAACAUCAUAGAACAAUUUCAAAGGCUGAACAUCAAAUCAAUCAUCAACGUGCAGCUCCCUGGAGAGCACGCUCACUGUGGACCUCCCAUAGACCCUGGAAGUGGUUUCACAUACACUUCACAGAUCUUCAUGGACAAUGACAUUUACUUUUACAACUUUGGGAUGGAAGAUUUCGGUGUGUCGUCCCUCGUCGGUAUGAUUGAUGGGGUGAAGGUGUUGGCCUUUGCAGUGAGCGAAGGAAGGGUGGCGGUGCACUGCCACGCAGGCCUGGGCAGGACAGGUGUCCUGAUAGCCUGUUACCUCAUUUACACCCUGCGCAUCAGCCCGAGUGAGGCCGUCCACUACGUGAGGAUAAAAAGGCCUCGCUCCAUCCAGACCCGGGGGCAGCUCAGCCACGUGUUUGACUUUGCUCGCCUGCUUGGCACACAGCUGGUCCAAUACCCAGACCUCAACAUGCGGCAUGGAGUCCCCUUCACCCUGCAGCACUACCUAAACCGACAGGCAAUACUGCUGCAUGGCCAGGAGGCACGCACCCUCAGGCAUACACCCAAGGUGGUGUACCUCCUGUGUGUGCAUCUCUCCUGCUUAGCCCUGGGUGUCCUCGCUCCUCCAGAGAUCCAGGCUGAGCUGGAAACAGUGAGGGAGACCCUGGUGUCCAAACAACAUUUGCCCUUCCUGAGGGAGGGUUACAAAGGGGCGGGGGGGAGCUCAGGGUCGGAUUCCUCCUGGGACGAGCCCCUGGGAUUCUUGGAGAGGAAGAGGGAGGUGCUGUUGGACAAACGCAGCUACAGCGACUCUGACCUCAGCAAGAUCGCAGUAAUUGAGGAUCUGGAGUGGAGUCCAUACUGCACACCGGCACUUGGAAAUGAGAGACAAUGGUGUGUUCAGAAUUUGAUUCGAGCUGAUCUGAGACCUGGUAGUCCGAUGCUUGCCACACUUUCACCGGGCCAACAGGCCACCAAAAGGGCAUCUCAUGUACUUAACAUCCCAAAAUCUAACUCGACAACAGACAACAACUGUGCUAAAGGUUCUGAGUGCCCAGAGAAAAAGGCACUUCGGAAAUACAGCUCGAACACAGAGUUUUCCAGAAAUCCACAUCAUGCUGGCCCAACCUCAGUGGCCCGUGCUGUCGCUAAGGCGAUGGCAGACCAUGGUCCUCGAGGAGAAACCAUACUGCAAAGAUCGACUCUGCUGCAGGAGGAACUGAACAGCAGUGACUGUGGCUGGGCUCUGCUGGUCACUGAGUCAGAGCCUCAGGUUCUCAGCUGUCUGUUGUGGACCUGGCUGGACAAGUUGAGGGAGCCUGUUCUGAGUGGAGAGGAUGUCGACAGUUUGAGGAACAGGAAGUCUCUCAGUGUGCUCAAGAAGCCACAGAGACACACGAUCUAUUGUCUACUGAGCUGUGUGAGCACGGUGACCAGCUUGUGUCCACACAGAGAGGAUGCAGUGCUGCAACGGCUGGUGCGAGCACUUACAAGGCACCCCCAGGAGGAAAUGGGGACCGUUGCAACCUUGAUGAAGGUCCUGAAGGCGAGUUUGAGAGCAACCUUCCACAACUACACACACCUCAGGCGGGCCUGCAGCACCAAUGGCACACUUUGAAGAGCACCAUUGGAGUACAACUGUCACAUCAUCAUGGCUUCCUGAAACACUUGAAGAGAAUAGAGCAGGGUUAAUGUUAUGUGUUUUUUCUACUACGACCUGUUAAAAUAUCUGCUGUGAAAAGGCAGAUCUUUUUGGAGGCCACGGCAAGAUUUGGCUUUUGGUGCCUCAGUCCUCAAAUCUUACUGAUACUAUUCACUUAUGUCUUCCCCGUGACAAAAUACUAGUAGACAAUAGAUCUGUAAUCAAAACCAGCUGUCUCUACAUUUCUUUGUUUUGAUACAUCAAAUAACUUGUAACCCAUGUAAUAAUAAUAAUAUAAUAAUAACUGUUCUAUUAUGAAAAAUUGGUACAAAGUCAGUGGAAAAAGAAGAUUGAUCUUUUUUCAAGUCAGGUGGUGUACCUAAGUGAGGGUGGAACCCUAAUCAUGUUUGCUGGUGCUUUUCUUUUCUUAAAGUAAAGCCCCCAUAAUAUAAUUCAAUGACACCGAUGAAAUGUUUAUUCUAGCGUCAAACAUUUUAGUUUCAUGUCUCCCAUACAUAAUAUGUAAGCUACUGUACUCUUGUACGAGCCGGUAAAGUCCAAACAGUUUAUCCACAGUGUGAUUUUGUAACUUGGUUCAGACUUUCAUGCCUAAUAAAUCACUUAAACCAUC